GGGGCACGCUUGAUCUCCUCUCUGAAGCGCUCCACCAACCCUCUGCUGUUGUAAUGGAAAGCCAGUGUGUCCUGUGGUGCCGCCGUUAAGGGCUCGGUUCGCGUACAUCGCUGCCUCCUCCUGAAGUGGCCUCUGCGUCGGGGACAUUCCGCCGCCCCGUUACGCAUGGAAUGGGUUUGGGGGGCUUUUGGAGUAGAAAUGCAGCGGCUCGCUUCCAGCCCGCAACAAGAGCCCAGCUUACCUCGCGAGCAAAAUCUAUGACAUCCUGUUUUAUUCAUUACGACGAGAGGAGUGAUAUUGGCUCGGAUCCCGCCGAGGACUGAAGGAGAUCAACACGGGCUGAAGGACGUUGUUUUUCGCUGCAGGAACUUGUCCACCGGAGGAGAAAAAAAAAAACUCUGCAUUUAGGAUUCUUUUUUUUUUUUUUUUUUUAAUGGAGCUGGAGAACAUAGUAGCCAACACUGUACUGCUAAAAGCGAGAGAGGGUGGAGGAGGAAAGCGGAAAGGGAGGAGCAAAAAAUGGAAGGAGAUCCUCCGCUUCCCCCAUAUAAGCCAGUGCACUGAGCAGGGAAACAGCAUUGAAAGGGACUAUGUCAGCAUCUGUGAGAAACAGCCCAUCGGACGGCUGCUGUUCCGUCUUUACUGUGACACCAGACCUGAACUGCAACGAUGCAUCCACCUGCUGGACGCACUGGAAGACUACGAGGUGACACCUGAUGAGAAAAGAAAAUGCAGAGGGGACCAGAUCAUCAAAACCUUUCUCUCAAAACAAUCACCUCAGCGUGUAGACAUAGCAGAGGUUUUUGCAGAACAGUGCAGGGAGAACCUCGAGCUCAGUCCAUGUAAGGAGAUCUUCAGCAACUGCCACAAGACCGUCCAUGACUACCUGAGUGAAGGUCCGUUCUUGGACUACCAGAACAGCAUGUACUUUGACCGAUUCCUGCAGUGGAAGAUGCUGGAGAGGCAACCAAUCACUAAAGACACAUUCAGACAGUACAGAGUGCUGGGGAAAGGGGGAUUCGGAGAGGUGUGUGCCUGCCAGGUUAGAGCGACAGGAAAGAUGUAUGCCUGUAAGAAGCUGGAAAAGAAGAGGAUAAAGAAGAGGAAAGGGGAAUCCAUGGCUCUCAACGAGAAGUUGAUUUUAGAGAAAGUCAACAGUAGAUUUGUUGUGAGUUUGGCGUAUGCCUAUGAAACCAAAGACGCGCUCUGUCUGGUGCUGACCAUCAUGAACGGUGGAGACUUGAAGUUUCACACCUACAACAUGGGCACGCCCGGCUUCGAGAAGGACAGGGUCCAGUUUUAUGCUGCACAAAUCUGCUGUGGACUGGAGCAUUUGCACAGGGAAUCCAUUGUCUAUAGGGAUUUGAAACCAGAGAAUAUCCUAUUAGAUGACAAUGGACACAUUCGUAUUUCUGACCUGGGGCUGGCCAUCAAAGUGCCUGACGGAGAACUCAUCAGAGGCAGAGUGGGGACUGUGGGCUACAUGGCUCCGGAGGUGAUAAACAAUGAAAAGUACGGCAUGAGUCCUGAUUGGUGGGGGCUGGGCUGUCUAGUUUACGAGAUGACCGCCGGGCGAUCGCCCUUCCGCGCCCGCAAAGAACGAGUGAAACGGGAGGAAGUGGAGCGGAGGGUGCAGGAGGAGGAGGAGGAGUACAGCGACAAGUUUACAGCGGACACAAAGGCCAUCUGUAGAAUGCUGAUGACCAAAGACCCCAAGCAGAGGCUGGGGUGUCUGGAGGACGGAGCGGCAGGCGUCAAGGCCCACCCGUUCUUUAAAAACAUCAAUUUCAGGAGACUGGAGGCAGGAAUCGUGGAGCCCCCUUUUGUGCCCGAUCCUCGGGCAGUGUACUGUAAGGAUGUUUUGGACAUAGAGCAGUUCUCCACAGUCAAGGGAGUAAAUUUGGACCAAACUGACAAUGACUUCUACUCCAAAUUUACUAUAGGCAGUGUUUCCAUCCCAUGGCAGAAUGAGAUGAUUGAAACUGAGUGUUUCAGAGAUUUGAAUGUGUUCGGGCCUCAAGGGACGAGACCUCCGGAUCUGGACUGGGAUCAGCCGCCUGAGCCGCCCAGGCGCAGCCUGCUGGACAGGAUCUUCAGGAGGCAUCACCCGGAGGUGUCCAUCUCCCACAGCCGCGUGCAGUCUUCCAGCGUAAACUCUGUGGACUCCAUGUCCAACUCUGCCCCCUAGUGGCACAGGGACAGUGUGGGAGCCCUGCACACUCAAAGGGAAGGAGCUCUGAGGGGCUUCCCCGCUGCUGAUUGGUCCACAGCCGGGGCAUGAGCAGCGGCUGGAGACAGCCUGUCUAAAGGCCUGAAUGGUCAUGCCAUGGGGGGGGGUUUAGUGAGUGAGGGGUGGAGGGGGGUGGGGGGGGUGGCCAGGCCCUGAGACCCCAGGCAUUUGUGUCGGGAAGGUCAAUGUCGCAAAGACAUUUGGAAAUAUCCAGAAGAACAUUACUUACCCUCAUGGAUUGUUGGACUAUAGAACAGAGCCACCGACGUUGAUGAAAACCGAAAAAGAAAACGAGCUAACAUUCAGGGGAUCCACUGUAUAAUAAAGACCACCACAGAGGAUAGAAGACGGGGUCUUGGUGAAUUGUUUUUGUUUUUUCCUGAAAUGGAAUUUCUUUUUCACUCUUUUCCAGUACUUUUCUUCAUGGCCUGUAACUUAUAUCUCGCCAUUUAUCGACACAACCUUUGAGCUUCACGUCUAAACAACUUUUUUCUCUGCAUUUCCACCUCCCAUAUUGUACCUCAGAUCUCACUCCUAAACAUUCAGAACGCAUCACCUCAACAACCUCAACACAUGAAGCACGUUGCCUUGCGUAAGCUCGGGCCAAAGACUACAGCUUAGUUAUGUGAUACUGUUGUCAUGUUGAUUUAUUGUUUGUUCAAGGCUUCGGCCACAGUUUAGAACCACAACGUGCGAUCCGUUUUAUACACUCUCUAAAUAUGAGUCUUCAAACAUAUCAUAUCGCUUAAUGCAUACAGUACAAACAUACACAAUCAGAUAGACAUACAAAGACAGAAUUGUGAAAAUCGUGUUUUGUUUCAAUUGCAUGGACAAAGUAUGUAAGUAUGGACAGCUGCACCCUUUUCGCUUCUGCAUACCUCAUUGCACCGAAGUUACCCCCCUACACCGAAUACAACACGUUUACAGUGUCACUUUAUAUGGGACAUUAUGUGGAAACAAAUUAAUAUGCUGUACAGAAACAUAAAUUCUUUUUUUUUGCACAAUUUUUCGGCACAGUCCCCGAUGGGGUGAAGAGGAACUUAUGCACUCAGCAUGACUUUCAAGUUGCACACGUAAAACUGUUGCUCUUUUUUCUCUUUUUUUUUAAUCUCCAAAGGAACUUGUUUUUACCUCUGAUCAUUAGGGCACAUUAUUGUAGUUAUAUUGUAACACCCCGCUUGUUUACUGAAUCUAAAGUGUACUUGCUCUCCUUAUGCCUUUUUCCAUUUAGGAGAUAUUUGCUGCAUCUCCAUUGCUGUCACAUGUACAGGUUUUUAUAUUCUGCCCCCUUUUGACUUAACGCGCUCUUUAAAACGCCUCACAAUUCGGAAGGGCCUUUCCCUUGUUUUUGCCAAACCAUAAUCUUAACAAUCAGGGUAUAAACAACUACGUGCAAGGUUUAUCUCAUCCAUAUUUUAUUUUAGUCAGCCCAGUUCAUCCAUGUCAGAGCCGAGGAGGAGAGGAAGACGCCAGGGGAUCCCGCAGACACCACACAAAGAAGUGGCCUUCUCGCAGCAGCACAACCAAUUGAAAGAGCUUAUUCUCUUCUACUUGUUUUAGGAAUGUGGUAUUUUCAUUUUGUGAGGUAAAGAAAGUCGUUCAGUGCAGGAACUAAUUGCCCAUGCCGAUCUUAAGCAAGCAGCCUGUUUUUUCUUCUUCUAUUCUCUGCAUACCUGAAACGAAAUAAAGAGAAUCGGACUGAAGUGCCUCCUUGUUAGCGCGAUCGCCCAGGCAGUUCCCACGCAGACAUCAAGACUUUGUUUAUUCUCUGACUUUCGGGCUCUGUUUGUUUUUCUGGGAAAUGUGUCAACACAAAUACAUACUGACUCACACAGUCUUGGGAGGAUGGAGAGGAGGGUCGAUGAGGAAAAUCUUAUUAUUGUGAUGCUGAGUGCAUGUCAACGCCAAACCCACUGUGUCCUUCAAGUCCCAAUAAACUCUGUGCUACAGUCUCCGUA